AUGGCCGUCAGUACCGAAAAUUUACCGCCUUGGGAUGCGGACGACUAUGAGUCAAGCUUCAGCACUCGAAUCUCAAGGGGAACAAGACAAAAUGGCUAUGCAUCUUUCAAGUCGCUGCCAAACUUCUCACUUCCCACGCCACUCAUUCUGUCAUCAUUUCCGGCGGUGUUUACCUACGGCGAAGACAGGAAGAUCAGACCGGAUAUUGACCACUUCGCGUUGAUACAUGCUAGGACGCCUAGUAGGAUCGCAACCAACCCCAGAUCGACGUCCCCGCCCGUUGUUCCAACCCGAGUUCACAGUCUCACCAAGAGUAUCAGUCAUUCUCUUAACGCAUUCACUGGGAACCGGCCAGCAGAGAAAGAGUCCACUUCACCCAGCCGCAGCAGGCGUGCUUCAUACCACGAGAUCGUAAUCCAAGGAUAUGGGAAUGGUACCAACGAUGUCCACCCUGGCUAUAGCGAGCCAACAAUAGACAACGAACCGCCUCAGUCCCUUGCCGACGUCACAAAGGCAUCCGAUACCCAAAUCCCAGAACAGGGUAUUAGGACGCAAGGUAUUACGCUCCGCUCACCAUCGACCGCAUCUACGUCAUCCAAUAACACCACCGGAUCUAGUACGACAAGUAGGGAGACGGCUGCUUCUGCGUCUUCGACAGCGCCGAGCUUCCGCAGCUCACCAACAUCACCAAAAGCCCUGGUAACCGGAGAAGAACUGAUGCGCGGUGUGACACUAGGAAGCAACGCUCUGGCACCUCCGCUCCCUCGCAGAAGCAGUCGACGGAGACCGAGUGAGUGCCAACCUGAUCCUCUCAGAAUCCGGAAAACUCAGUCAGCAACCUCUCUCGACAUUGUUGGAAGAGGUGACAACAAGGCCAAUUGCACCAUGUCUAUGCAUGAGACGAGCAACGACCCCUGGGCACAGUAUGCGGAUGUGGGCGGGCUGAGGGACUUGGAGGUGAAGGUUCCAGUGUGA